GUUUCCACCUUGUUUCUAGAUCAAAACCUCUUGCCGAAUCAGAAACCCGGAUGGCCCUCAGUCAUCGGGAUCCGUGCUCUUCUAGCUGCUUGACCCUCAACGUUUGCGCCUACAGGACUAUGACAUCCCGUCCCGUUCUUUUGGUGUGCAAGUCACCAUUGUCUGACUCGGGAUUAUCUUCUGGCGUUCGGUUCUUGCCCCGUAUGGCCAUCCCACCGCACUUCCUCCCAGUGUUCAUCUCUAGUUGCUCUGUUCCAACUGCAGAACAACAGAACAAUGAGUUCUCUGUCCUUUUCCCUCAGUCAGUCAAGAUGAACCAUGAGAAAUCGGGGUCAUCUCAUAUACGGCCUAAUUAUAGGAAUUAUUGUCUGCUACUCGGCAGCAUUGACCACCCUUGACUACGUGGCAAGUGCAGAGUCUUUCGAGACUGGGCAGAAUCCUUUCUCGUCAUGGCCACACCAUCAUCCACCCAUUGUUGCAAGGCGUCCGGUCAGCGGCCAUGAAGAUCUUGGCUCACAGCCCGUCUUCACGACCGUGACCUCGGCGAUCAGUGUCGCAGUGGCAGCAGAGGCAACCCAUUCACCCUUCCCGACAACGGCACCUACGGCUGUAGGAUCCUGCCCGUGUAAUAAUUCCCUACUAGCAACAAUAAGCUCGCUCAGCGGUGCCCUCGAAGAAGCCAACUCGAACGCGAUAUACUUCUCAAGCCUCCUGGCAACAUCCAUCAUCGGGCUUCAGGAGUCGAUCGAUCAUCUCGCCUCGUCAGCCUCCAGCGCCUUAGCAUCUGUUCAAGCUUCGGCCUCAAUCGCAAUAGCGUCGACCGAGGAAUCGGCAUCCAAUGCUGUGAUAGCUGCAGAACGUUCGGCCGCGAGCACCGUUAGCAGCAUGAGUGAAAAGCUGGGCCAAGGGACGGUCACGGUCACAGCAACCGUUGUCUCGGUUACAACAGACCUCAUAGGGCCGACCAUCACGGCAGAUCCAAAUUCGACAAUGACUCCAAACAAUCCGCAGGCUCUCAACAACCCCGACAUCAAAGCUGUGCAGGGAGCCGCGUCGUCGGUCAACCGUGCUGCUAUAGCAGUUGUCAUCGCCAUUAUUGGCUCCUCUGUGCUUUCUCUCGCCGGCUUCUACCUCUUCGUGAGAUACCGGAAGAGGAAGCAACAACAAAAAGAAGAAGACCAGAACGUAAGCGACGCGCUUGAUCGUGCCAUUGUCAGCUAUAUCGUCAACGACCAGGCCAGCCCGACCAAGAAUGGGGGCCCAUUUAGUCCGACGAGGUCACCAGGACCUAUCCACUUGGAGACCAUCCAAGAAGCACACACACCUUCUCCAACCCAGGGGCCACAACCACCUCCCGUCCGACGGCCCUCGCAAGCCUAUCUCCCGUCACCAACAGCCUGGAUACCCCAGUUCGAGCCAUCAACCGACAACUCCCAGGGAAAGAUUGGACAGGCGGUUGGCAGAAAAUAUAGUACCUCCAGCGACAUCCUCCUCCCAUCGCCUGGCCCGCCGCCAACCAUUCCCCUACCCACUCCCCCAACAACACAAGACAUCAGGAGGAAUAUCUCAAUACGGUACGCUCCUGAGUGCAGCAAAAGCGUCUACGGAGACAUAAUGGCUCGGCCCCUGGAAACCGUGCCUACCAACACGUCGGUGAUGAGCGGUACGAGUGGUGGUGGACAUCCACUCGGCCAUUCGAGGACUGCAUCGGCGACAAGUGCGAGGAAUAACAGCACUGAUGAGAGAAUGGCCAGUAACGCAUCUGCUUCUGCACGCGGCAAGCAUGCGCGUGGACCAUCGACGACGACUUCGAGGCGGAGAGCGGCGAGUACGGGGAGUGUGAGAUUGCAGGGUCAGAGCAUGGGGGACCAACAACAAUGGCUACAGAAGCAGCAGCAGCUGCAGCCGGGAAGAAUAGUCGAGAGUAGGGACCCGAAUUGGCCGUUGCCGAAGAACGGACUCAUCUAAGUAUACGGAUACAUGAUAUCGUCGCUGCCUUGAUUUGAAAUGGUGAUGUUGGCGGUUGGGAGCUCCUAGUUGGUCCUAUUGGGUAACCUUCGAGGAGACUGGAGGUAAGAUAUACAAGUUCAUGUGCAAGUUUCUCAGUAAAAGGUCUCAUCAAGACCGCUUGAGCUCAACUUCCACAGCUCCUACUGUCAUAUCUUGAAUGUCGAUAUAUACGAUCAUAGUAUUGUCGCUGUCAUUUGAAAAGAAAGCAGGUGAUUGAGAAGGGUUAGGGUUGAAUAAGACCACAACAAGCAGGUUUGAGCCACCGCAAUGACGUGGCUGGAUGUGAGUGUGGGCAGUUGGCCCAAGCUUCCUUCCUUCAUUAAAACCAAGUUCGGCUCACCAAGAAUGACGCAGGCGGCAACAGCACUGAAGUUUGGGGGGAGGGGAGCUACCAGCGGUCCCAUCGCGAGAUGCAACCAACUGAACGGAAUUUAUCAUCCCAAAGAAUAUGUUGACACGACAGCAGGAGUACGAAGACUCCCGAUAUGAUCCUCAUUGAUAUGAAGGACAUACAGCAUCUGUAUAGUUCAUCUCAACCUAUGACCGUCGCAACAACCUCCAAGACGAGAGGCC